AGAUUAUAGUUGUUGGUGUCAGUUCCAUCUUGUGUGCAGAAGAAAUUAUGAAAGAGUGAGAUUUUUUAUCUUCCGUUUCAGGGGUUGUAACUUGUGAGUCUGGUGAGUUUUCUUCUGAUAUAGACCUUUUUAUAUGUAUUGCAGUAUCGCUUGUAGCUAAAGAAAUAUAAUUCAUUUUUCCAAUAAAAAGAAACAAUUGAAUUAGUAAUUCCUAAGUUACGGUAAUUUUCAUGACAAGUUGUGGACCUUAGCUUCUGUGAGAGCUUAUUAGACAAUUUUCUUGAUUAGAACUUCGGGAAUACAAUCAAUAGAAAAAUGGAAGGCCCUUAACCCCUUCUUUUUAUGACAAGGAGGAAGCCAUUGAAGCCCAACUGAACAAUUGAGUUCCUUCUCGGACUAUGCAUAGCUCAUGUUAUUCCAUAGCUGGCACCACCCUUCUUCAAUGUGUUAAAGGGGAUUUUAUAGAGUACUUUUUUUUUUCCAACUUGGUUUGAUGUUAAGAUUUUGAUUGUAAGGAGAGCCUGCAGGUCUAGCAUCAACCUUAGUAUCAAACUAUAAUUUAAGGACUAAGAAGUAAAAACGAUUUUCUGCAGUCAGUAAUUUAUCCAAUGCUGUGAUGGAGAAUUCAGUAUAUGUUUCAGUCUUCCUUGAUCAUACACUUUGGCCCGUUGAAAAAGGCUUGAACUUGGCAGAAAAUACAAUAGAGGUGGAAACGGCUGACCUGAGGAGGGAAAAUUUUAUGAGUGUAGAGCAAGCCAUCCAAAUAGAACUGGCAUACAGAAGGAAGAUUGCCAUUCUGAAUAUGGAAACAAACAAUGACAGUGGACAGGAACUAAUCUCACUGCAGGUAAGACCUUGUGUCAAUUUCCAUCAUAUGCUGCGUAUUAGCACAAAAAAGAUGGCCAAUUGAAUUAUUAACUUUGUAAGUUUUUGAUACACUUUUGAAGCUACCUUUGUGAGAUAUACAAGUGGAAAUGGCGAUAGAUGGAUAAAGAGAGUUGUACCCAUACCAAAUUAAGUUGAGUCAAAUAAGAAGCCAGGAGUUUUCAUCCUAGCUAAUUGUUUAGGGCAAAAAUCAUGCAAAACUUUGUGCAAGCAGUUGAAAAUAAGGGAGAGAACACAUGAAUUUGGGCUUUUAAUUGGGAUGAUUGUCUUUAUUUGUAGAAAUCUAUAUGCAAUAUCAUGUUCAUGUGAUGAGUAUCCACUUAGGUUUACAUUCCUAAAGUAAAAUCUGCUACACUUCAAAAACCAUGAUCAUCAUUUCCUCUACAUACACCAGAUGGAUGAUAUAUGUAAAGAGCUUAAUUGGAACAUAAAGAAAUUCAAGACAACUUUCUAAUUUUGAAUUAAAUAACCUUACUAAAUCUUAGGGACUUUCGUACACAAUUAUAACUGGUUCUUUGCUAGUUACAUCAACAAAUUUGCUGGAGCAGUGUUGUAGUAAUUUUCUACUGCCAAAUUACCAGAAAACAAUUUGCUUCAUUCGUUAGGCUUGUCUCUCUUCUAAGUAUUUAACUGGUUUUUAAGUAUAUCUCCAUCCAUUUCUAUUUAUGUACCAGUAUGCUAUAAACUAUUUAUGUACCA